AUGGAGUCCUUUGUAGGAGUUAAGCAAUACUACGAGAGCAUUAGCAACUGGCCGCAUCACACUAGAUUGUCCACCACUUCCUGCUCCCGCUCCCGCUUCAGCCUCUGUAGCUUCAGCGCCGUUGUCUACUUUUGCGACUUCAACGUCAUCGUCUACUUCUGUGACUUGGAUGCCAGCAGGCCCCGCGCCCUCGCCCUUGCCUUCGGCUCCCAGAGAUUCAGCGCCAUUGUCUACUUCUGUGACUUCAAGACCAGCAAGGUCUGCGCUCUCGCCGUUGGCUUUGGCUUCCACAGGAUUGUCGACGGCAGACUGGAAAUGCCAGCCAACGCCGUUGUACACGCCGACAAAGGCAAAGGGAAGGCGAUAAACCGCACGCUUCGCACACGGUGCGCCGUUACAUACAACCUGUUUGCCGACACUGGCGAUGAUGGCGAUGAUGGCGAUGACGGUAGACAGGUAGCUGGCCCAUCGACGACGACCACUAAGCGAGCACGUCCAGUUAUACAGGACUCUGAGGAUGACGACGAAGAGUACGCUGGAAAGACCCCUGUACUGCAAACCGCGAAGAAGCGCCAGCGCACUGGUGCCAGUGACAAGACGGUGCCGACGCCGUCUGAGACAACAUCUGGAGAGAGCAACCUUGCAUAUCGCCUCCGCGUUCUGCCGCAUACACUAAUCCUAUAUUACAAACGACGGCGCUGA